GAUGUGGCUCUGAUAUCCGGUGAGAUAACGAACUUGCUGCUGUCUUGACGUAUGUUUGUGAACACACCGUUAUUUGCCGUCCCAUUUCACCUUCAAAAGAAACCGAUCCAGCACGACAAAUAUGAAUAAACUCAAAAAGAAGAUAGAGUCAUCCAAAAAUCUACUUAUACUCAUAUUUGUUGUUCAUAUGCUUUUUGAAGGUGUUACAAGCAACAGGUGUCUUUCGAAAGAAAAGUGUGGGCAAUGCAUUGCUGAGAGUGAUCUCUGUGCCUGGUGCACUCAAGAGAAUUUCGGCUCACCUCGUUGUGAUCUUUUGACAAAUCUGAAGAAAACAUGCAAAGAGUCUGCUAUCGUGGCACCUACUGGAGCUCUUAAGUUAAUCCAGGAUAUGAGCUUAAGUGACAAAGGAGCUAAAGAAGGUGAAGCAAUACAGAUAAAACCGCAAGAGCUGAGAAUUCGUCUCAGGCCUAAUUCCGUCCAGAAACUAAAAGUGGAAUUUCGCCAAGCCGUCGACUACCCAAUCGAUCUCUACUACCUAAUGGACUUAUCCAAUUCCAUGGCGGACGAUAAAGCAAAAUUGGCCAUGCUGGGGAACAAAUUAGCCGCCGAAAUGAAGACCAUAACUACAAAUUUCCGGCUGGGAUUCGGAUCUUUCGUGGACAAGACGGUGGCGCCUUACGUCAAUUCUCAUCCGGACAAGUUAAGGGAACCUUGUCCCAGGUGUGCUGCUCCUUACGGUUUCCAUAACAACAUGCCGCUGAGUGAGAAGACACGUGAGUUUGCGACUAAAGUAGAGAACGCACCUGUUUCUGGAAAUCUGGACGCACCAGAAGGUGGUUUUGAUGCUUUGAUGCAAGCAAUAGUCUGCAAGGAAGAAAUUGGCUGGAGAAACACUUCUAGAAAACUGCUGGUCUUUUCAACAGAUAAUGCUUUCCACUAUGCAGGGGAUGGAAAGUUAGGUGGUAUUAUAGCGCCUAAUGACGAAAGAUGUCAUUUGGACAAAAAAGGAUAUUAUACCAUGAGUUCCGAGCUGGACUACCCAUCUUUGAGCCAAAUCAAUAAGCAAAUCAGAGAUCACAAAAUCAACAUGAUUUUUGCUGUAACCAGCGAUCAGGUGCUUUUGUAUGACAAGUUGAGCAAAAGAUUGGCCGGGUCAAGCACAGGAAAACUAGAGUCGGAUUCUUCUAAUGUUGUGGAUCUUGUUAGACAGCAAUAUGAUAAAAUAACAUCCGCUGUUGAGAUGACAGAUGACGUAGACGAGACGAAUAUUCGGUUAUCAUAUUAUUCCAGUUGCCUUGGAGACAAAAAAGAGCAAACUAAUGUAUGCAGAGGCCUAAAAGUAGGACAAAAUGUAACUUUUGAGGUAAAUCUUGAAUAUGCCUUCUGUCCCCAAGAAGCAAGCGAAAGAAGACGAACUUUCCACAUCUUUCCCGUCGGUCUGCACGAUCAGCUCACGAUCCAUCUAGAAAUGAUGUGCGAAUGCGAUUGCGAGAAGCCUGAAAAUGGGGAAGCUUUCAGCCCUAAAUGCAGCGGAGGUAAUGGCACUUUUGAAUGUGGCAUUUGCAACUGCAAUGCCCAGAGAUAUGGAAAAGAAUGUGAAUGCGAUGCAAGUGACACGGACCCAUUCCUAGAAGUCAAAGGAUGCUUCAAUGGUGAUGAUUCCAGACCUUGUUCGGGACUUGGAAAAUGUCGUUGUGGACGUUGCUUUUGUGAUCCACGUGCGAAUCCUGAUGAAAAAAUAUACGGAAAAUAUUGCGAGUGCAACAAUUACAGUUGCGAUAAAAAAGACGGAAAAAUCUGUAGUGGUCCCGACCACGGGGUGUGCGAUUGUGGAGACUGCAAAUGUAUGAAAGGAUGGAAAGGAGAGGACUGCAGUUGCAGAGAUUCGAUCGAGAGCUGCAUGGGCCCGAAUGGGGAAAUUUGCAGUGGCAAUGGACAUUGCGAUUGUGGUGCUUGCGUAUGCAGUAGCGAAGAGCAAGAAUACUUCGGGACAUACUGUCAUGACUGCGCUACCUGUCCUGGAAUGUGCGGGGAGUUAAGAGAUUGCGUAGAAUGCUUCAUCACGUAUCAAAAGAAUCCUGCUCGCAACUGUAGCGCAUGCGCAUCAUUGACCAUCUGGCCCAUUGAAAAGAUAGAAGUGAGAGAAAAAGAAAAGCUGUGUUCCUUUGAAGACGAAAUGAAGUGCCGUUUCACUUUCAAGUACGCUUUUGAUCAAGACAACCAACUCUUGGUAUGGACAAAAAUGGUUAAAGAAUGCCCAGAACCUGUGGAUCUCAUUGCUAUCGUUUCAGGAGUAUCUGGUGGAGUAGUUGCUACUGGGUUAUUCUUACUGAUGCUUUGGAAGCUGUUAACAGUGAUUCAUGACAGACGAGAAUGGGCUAAAUUCGAAAAAGAGAGACUCAUGGCAAAGUGGAAUCAGGGGCAAAAUCCUCUGUACAAAGAAGUUGAAACAACCUAUCAAAAUCCUGCUUAUGGUGGAACUGCAAAGUCCAUGGAAUUCACGGAAUGAACAUUAAAAGGCUUUUAGACCAAAAUAUUGCACACAUAUUAAAUGGUUCUGUACAUAAUUUAUAUUUAUGAAUAAAUUAUUUUAAUCUUA